AGGGGAUGACAAGACCCAGCGCUUCUUUGAUCAGACGGUCACCGAUCUCCCUUUCUUCCUCACCCUCGAGCCGACUGAUCGUUCCCCGACGUCUCGUCGCCACCGCUCCUCUGCACAUUUGGAUGUGAUGCAGACGGGGUAUGACUUCAUUCUCGGCACUCCGUGGUCUCGUCGGUUCCGCAGCACCGAGGCCGAUUGGGCGACCAACACUCUUGUUCUCAAAACGAAGUGUGGACAGACGUAUCGCGCACCUUUCAUAGGUACCACUGCGAUACCACACCCCGAUCCUCCUCCCCCGGAGCCUUCAGUGCCCACACCAUCUCCCUCUAUCACUGUCACCUCGCCUCGGCAGUUUGCUCACUUCAUCCGACAGGACGACGUCACCUUCUUUAUGGUGAACGUGACGGAUCUCUUACACUAUGAUCCACCCUGUCCCGACGCCGAGCUCAUCCCUUUGGAGCCCGAUCCUCCUUCUAUCUCCAUGACUCCCAUCUCUACUUCCAUCCCUCCGCCGUUCGUCGAGUCCACCCCGGCGUCGCGCGCUGACGUUGACCCUGAGGAACUCGCACGAUAUACGGCCGACUUGGAGCCCGCAGUUCGUGACCUCAUCCGAGAGUACCACGACGUUUUCCCAUCGUCGUUCUCGUACGCCGGCAUCCCACCGAUGAGUGACGUCGAACACUCCAUUCAGCUUGUGCCUGACUAUCGUGUUCACCACCAGGCACCCUACAGACUCUCGAUCCCCGAGGCCACCGAACUCAAGCGUCAGCUUGAGGAGCUCCUUAGACUAGGUUUCAUUAAACCUAGCAACUCCCCGUGGGGUGCACCCGUCCUCUUUGCUCGCAAAGCGGACGAAACUCUCCGUCUCUGCAUCGACUAUCGCGGUCUCAACCGCUACACGGUUAAGAACAGCUACCCCAUGCCUCGUUCCGAUGAGCUGUUCGACCGCCUAGCAGGCAACCGCUUCUUUACGAAGAUUGAUCUUCAUAGCGGUUACCAUCAGAUCCGCGUCGCUGUAGCCGACCAGCCGAAGACCGCGUUCCGAUCGCGAUUCGGCCACUACGAGUUUACGGUGAUGCCAUUGGGCCUCACUAAUGCUCCCGCUACCUUUCAGAGGGCGAUGAACGACAUCUUCAGGGACAUCCUGGAGCAGUACGUUCUCGUCUACCUCGACGAUAUCCUGGUCUACAGUCGUACCCUUGAGGAGCACCUCAGACAUCUCCGCAACGUCCUUGACCGCUUGCGCAGACAUGGUUUCUACGCCAAGCUGAGCAAGUGCCGCUUUGCCCAGCAGAAAGUGAACUUCUUAGGACACUACGUGUCUGACCAGGGUCUCCACAUGGACGACGCGAAGAUCACUGCUAUUGCGGAGCGGUCCGCUCCCACAUCUGCCAAGCAGCUUCGCAGCUUCCUAGGCCUGACCAGCUACUACAGUAACUUCAUCCGGGGAUACGCUAGGUAUUCCUACGUCGGUGAUGAUGUGCUUAUCGACGCCCGCCACUUACAACUCGAAGCGGACACGCUUCGCAAGUUUCGGCGUCGCUUCUUUGGCCCAUGCCGCAUCCUCCAGGCCGUCGGUUCUGAUACGGCAUCUAGCCCGGUCAGCUUUCGUGUGAAGCUGCCCGACUACCUACGCCAGACAUGUGUGUACGAUGUCUACCACGUCUCGUUACUACGUUCUUACCGCAUACCGUAUGAGCGUUUCGCUGGACGACCAUACGAGCGCCCUCCGCCCAUCAUGGUGGACGGCCACGAGGAGUUCCUCGUUUCAGACAUCAUUGGUCGCCGAGUCACCGACAACAACCCUCCCCACGCCGAGUAUCUCGUACGUUGGAAGGGUUACCUUGAUGAGGAGGCUACCUGGGAGCCCCUCAAGCACUUGCAGCACGCUCGCAUGUUGGUGCGUGCCUAUGACCGUGCUCGUCGUGCUGGGUUCACUGCUCCUCCUCAACCCACUGACCCUCCUCCUUCUCCCCCGGCUGAGGAGACUGCUGAAGUCGAGCCUGCUCCAUCCGAGGCUGACCUUCAGCAGCAGUCGGAUGCUUCUGAGCGUCCACAGCGCACUUGUCGUCGUCCUCCUCGAUACAACGAUUGACUCUGACCUACCUUCCCACGUCUUUGACUUCUCAGUACUCCAUCCACACCAGUUUUGCUACUUCAGCUCGUCGACGAUGCGGCUCUUCCGCGACGGCAUUCCAGACUUCUCAUCGUGGACGUCAUCGGCAGCUUCAUGGACUUCAUCACGGUCAACUCUGCCUACUUCAGACGUCGCCACUCUCUUACCACUCUACCCUGUACAGUACCCUGCUUGUGUCGCAUGAUGGUCUCCCUUUAGCCGGGUUCCUCUGAGUUGGGCUCUCCCUUGGUAUACGCAUAGGCAUCGGGACCGU